AUGUCUGGACUUAGCGACCGUGUUUCUAAGAUACUCACAGACUCUACACACAUAGCGGAUGCCAUGAGCCAGAGCGUGGUUGAUGGAGCUGUUACAGGAGUCGCCUGUCGGAGCAUAAGCGAAAGUACGCGACCAAUAGUUACCCAACAGGUCGCUCUCAACGAAACUGCUGCGCAGAGGCUUGGAGAUCUCCUCCAGCAAUCGUUUGAGAGUGAACGGAUAGAUAGCAUCCACAGCUAUGACGGCACGACCUAUUGCGAGAUCUCGUGCUGGGGCGCAUUCUGA